AACACUGUUGGUCGUAACCUCGCGUAGAGUGUCACGCUGUGUCUUAAGUCAGUUAAUCAAAGUCGUUUUAAGUGGUAAAUACCCAAAGUUUGACCUAAAAAAAACCUAAAAUUUUGCAAAAUGGGAAAGAAGAAAAAGACGGGCUUAGGACGUGCACUCGUCAAGGACAGGUUUUCGAACAGAGGGCAGAGGAAGAACGACUCCAUGCUGCACACCGCAGAGCUGAAUGACGGCUAUGACUGGGGCCGUCUCAACCUAAGGUCGGUGACAGAAGAGUCGUCGUUCCAGGAGUUUCUGUCCACAGCAGAACUUGCCGGCACUGAAUUUCAAGCUGAGAAGUUGAAUGUCGCAUUUGUCAAUCCAAGUGUCGGAAUUGGAGUACUUACUAAAGAAGAGAUGGCACAAUUCCAGAAGGACAAGGAAGAGAAAAAACACCUUUUGAAAAUUCCCAGAAGGCCAGAAUGGAAUGAGACUAUGACAGCUGAUGAGGUCCAGGCGAAAGAAAAAGAAUCGUUCCUCCUCUGGAGGCGAGGACUUGCAUCGCUUCAAGAAGAUUCUGGGAUCAUACUCACCCCAUACGAGAAGAAUCUCGAGUUUUGGAGGCAGCUGUGGAGGGUCGUCGAGAGGAGCGACGUCGUCGUCCAGAUACUCGACUCGCGUAACCCGCUCGCGUUCCGUUCCGAGGAUCUAGAGUCAUACGUCCAUGAGGUAGACCGGCAAAAGAGGAACUUACUACUCGUGAAUAAAUCGGACUUCCUUACACCGGGGCAGCGCAAAUUGUGGUACGAAUAUUUCACGUCGGCCGGCAUACGGGCCGUUUUCUUCUCGGCAACCGAGGCGGCUGAAAAACUCAAGGAAAUUGAAGAAGAAGACGAAGAGGAUAAUUUAAUCACAAAUCGACAAGAAGACGUAAAACAAGAAAAACAGAACGAUUCAGCAGAUAAAACGGCAUGUGAUUAUUCUGACGCCGAUAAUUCUGAUAUUUAUAAUUCAAUGGUUGAAAACGACCACCCCCUAUCUGAACAGUUAAAGGACCUGACUGUAAUGGAAAAUGGGAGAAAACCUUGGGAUUUACUCGGACGGGAGGAGCUCAUCGAUCUUUUUGAGAACAUCCUUCCAAAAGACUUUGAAACUCGCAUACCCGGUGUAACUACAGUCGGCCUUGUUGGAUACCCGAAUGUUGGCAAGAGCUCAACGAUCAAUGCCCUCAUCGCCGGGAAGAAGGUUUCCGUGUCAGCGACGCCGGGCAAGACAAAGCACUUUCAGACACUGUAUCUUACGAAGAGUGUCAUGCUCUGCGACUGCCCUGGCCUCGUCUUCCCAUCACAGGUUUCGACCAAGGCGGAGAUGGUACUCAACGGGAUCCUUCCAGUCGAUCAAAUGCGAGACCACGUGCCGCCGGUAUGCCUGCUCUCCUCGCUCGUACCGAGGCAUGUUCUCGAGAACAAAUACUCCGUCAUGAUACCGAAACCGCUGCCUGGCGAGGACCCAGGGAGGCCGCCUACGCCUGAAGAAUUCCUCAAUGCUUAUGCCUAUUCAAGAGGGUUCAUGACACAAAAUGGCCAGCCAGAUAAUCCGAGGGCGGCGAGGUACGUUUUGAAAGAUUUUGUACAAGGGCGACUGCUCUAUUGUGCUGCACCUCCCGGUGUUGAGCAAGAUGAAUACCAUAAGUUCAGAUUGUCAGAUAAAAAAGUGCCAUUUCCUACGCCGCAGGCUACACGGGCUAUACGGGUGAACAACGUAAAUGGGAAUGACGUCGACAGCAGUUUCUUCCGCAAGGACACGCCCGGCGUGCAUAACAAGGGUGUUGUGAAGAUCAUGCCUGACGGCGUACAAACAUUUGGAGUGCAGACGACGACCGGCGCCAAGCCUUGGAAAGACCACUCAGCCAAGAGGAACAAAAGGGAGAAGUUGCGCCGAGUCUACAGGCAUUUGGACGAGUGAUCAUCACGGGUGAUAAAUCGAUGUUUUAUACUGUACAUAACUUCGGGUCCUCAUGUAUGAACUAUCAAUAUACAAUCGAUUGUUUAUUUAA